AUGGCGGAGCCUAUAUCUACUUCCUCGCAAGAAGCCAAGGCUGAGACCGCUUCAACCGCCGACGACCUCCCCGCCAACGCUGAGGACCGCGCUGCCGCCGUCGCCCUCUCCUCUCUCAAAUCUACCACCGCUGCUGCAACAGAUGACGCCGACGUGCAGCAGGGCACUUCUCUCCCGUCAAAGGCAGAUCAAGAGGCGCUGGGAAAGGCGAUGAAUCGCUUGGAAGCCCUUGCAAGUGCGGCCGGUAAGGCGGCGAGUAGCGACGCUGCGGGGCAAGCGGCCACCGGUGCUGGGAAGAAAGAGCCUAGCGCUCCUGAAAAGAAGGGAGAGGAGAAAGCUAUCAAGAAGCCUGCAAUAAAGAUCAAGGUGGACGAUGUCAGCCUACUGGUCGAACAACUGGAUCUUACCAAACCCAAAGCCAUUGAGCUGCUAAAGGCACAUGAAGGCGAUACUACCAAGGUGAUACGUGCGUUUAUACUUCCCCCAACCUCUGCUGGGUGA